UCAGAUGAAUGGGAGGUGCCCUGCUUCAGAACAGAGAGUUCUGGCAAAGGAGGAUGUGGAGAUCACGGGUUCCAGGCUUGCCGCGCCGCAGAGACCCAGUGUAAGGUGGAGGUUAAGAAGAGCAUGGACUCUGGGGCCAGACCGUUUGGACUCAGAUUUUGGCUCCAUCACUGACUGUGACCCCACGUGGGAGUGUCGGUGGAGCCGGCCCCAGGAUGCCCCGGGGGUGUGGAUGACCUGCUGCCCAGGCCCGGAUGCCGCCGCCCCGCGAGGGCCGCUCCCGGAGGGCCGCAGGUGGCCCCGCGCCCUAGCCUCCUGACCCGGGACCCCGCGCGCCCCGCUCCCUCCCGGCCGCCCAGGGGAGCGGGAGCCACGCGAGGGAGCCUCCGGAGCCCGCCGAGAGCGCGGCCACGGCACAGGGACCCGGGGGCAGGGGCUCGGCGCUGGCCGCAAACAUUUUCCCCCAGCGGCUCGGCAAGAUGACCAGCCUGUUCCGCCGGAGCAGCGGCGGCGGCGGCGGCGGCGGCGGCGGGGGCGGCUCCGCAGGGGCGCGCGGGGCCGGGGCCGCCGCGCCCGCCUCUCAGGAGCUCAACAACAGCCGGCCCGCCCGCCAGGUGCGCCGCCUCGAGUUCAACCAGGCCAUGGACGACUUCAAGACCAUGUUCCCCAACAUGGAUUACGACAUCAUCGAGUGCGUGCUGCGCGCCAACAGCGGCGCCGUGGACGCCACCAUCGACCAGCUGCUGCAGAUGAACCUGGAGGGCGGUGGUGGCAGCGUCUGCGAGGACAGCUCCGACUCGGAGGACAGCAUUCCCCCGGAGAUCUUGGAGAGGACUUUGGAACCCGAUAGCUCUGAUGAAGAGCCCCCGCCGGUCUACUCCCCGCCGGCCUACCACAUGCACAUGUUUGACAGGCCUUACCCGCUGGCUCCUCCCACCCCACCUCCCCGCAUCGAUGUGCUGGGCUCCGGACCCGCUUCGAGCCAGAGGCGCUAUCGUAACUGGAACCCGCCACUGCUGGGCAACCUCCCUGACGACUUUCUCCGCAUCCUGCCCCAGCAGCUGGACAGCUUACAGGGUAACGCCGGGGCCUCCAAGCCCACGAGCGGGGACAGAGGCCCACCCCCCGCGGCCGAGCCCGGGGCCCGGGACCAGGAGAACCGCUGGAAGCAGUACCUGGAGGACGAGAGGAUCGCGCUCUUCCUGCAGAACGAGGAGUUCAUGAAGGAGCUGCAGCGCAACAGGGACUUCCUGCUGGCCCUGGAGAGAGAUCGUUUGAAAUACGAGUCCCAGAAAUCCAAAUCCAGCGGCAGCAACAGCAACAGUGUGGCUGUGGGAAAUGACUUUGGCUUUCCCUCUCCUGCCCCAGGAACCAGUGACACCAAUCCUGCUGUGUCUGAAGAUGCCUUAUUCAGGGACAAGUUAAAACACAUGGGAAAAUCCACCCGGAGAAAGCUGUUCGAGCUGGCCAGGGCCUUCUCCGAGAAGACCAGGAUGAGGAAGUCAAAGAGGAAACACUUGUCCAAGCACCAGGCGCUGGGAGCUGCGGUGUCCACGGCUAAUCUGCUGGACGACGUGGAAGGUCAUACUUGCGAUGAAGACUUCCGGGGAAGGCAUCAGGAGGCGCCCAAGAUGGAGGAAGCCCUGCGGGAAGGACAGUAAGCGAUGCCAGCAGCCCUCCUCACCAGCGAUGAGCUGACCUGGCGGACGCAGCUGGAGAACAAAACCGGCCCGCAGCUGAGGGGCCCAGCUGCAGCCGGACCGAAGGUGCUUGCGUACUGAGGCCUCGGGAUUCUCCGGCCCCAGUCCAGCCCAGACACUGCCACGCCACUGCCACUUUCAUGGGACUUAGAACUUCGGAGUUUUGUGCUGUGAUUGGAGGAAGGACCUGGGGCCCCUAGGGCCAGCAGCCAAUCAUAGCCCCUUUUGUAGCCAGGCUGUUCUUUGGGCGAUAAGCAAAAAUGCAGGAACCACAACUUGCCAACUCCCCCCCCCCCCAUUUUCUUU